AUGCUUUCAUUUCUGCUUUCUUUCUUUCUUUCUUUCUUUCUUUCUUUCUUUCUUUCUUUCUUUUCUAACGAUAUGCUUUCAUUUCUGCUUUGUUUGUUUCUUUCUUUGUUUCUUUCUUUCUUUCAUUCUUUCUUUUAUAACCCACUUGAUUUCUUUUCUAAUUAUCCUUUCUUUGAUUAUUUUCUUUAUUUCUUUCUGACGUUUCUAACCUAUUUUCUUUUCCUCUUUAUUUACAUAUUUACGUAUUUGCUUUUUGUCUCUUUCUUUCUUAAUACCCCUUCUCCCUUCCUUUCUUCUUUUCUUUCUUUUCUAAAUAUACUCUUUCAUUCAUUCUUUUUUUCUUUUAUAACUCAUGUGAUUUCUUUCCUAAUUAUCCUCUUUCUUUCUUUCUUUCUUUCUUUCUUUCUUUCUUUCUUUCUUUCUUUCUUUCUUACGUUUCUAAUCCAUUUUGUUUCUUUCACUCUUUAUUUCUUUACAUAUUUAUUUAUUUGUUUUUGUCUCUUAAUUUCUUCAUUCACCGUCUUCCUUCCUUCCUUUCCUUCUUUCUUUUAUCCAAUUUCAUUAAUUCAUUCUUUCCUUUAUAACUCAUUUGAUUUCUUUCCUAAUUAUCCUCUUUGUUUGUUUGUUUGUUUCUUUCUUUCUUCCUAA